AUUACAUCUUCUACUUCAACAAUAGGAAAGAUUAUAACUACUGAUAAAACCGGAGAAAAUAUACUUGCUCAAGAAAAUUCUUGCAACAAUAAAAAAUUUUUACGAUUUAAUCGAUGUCAAGCAUGCGUAAACAAGAAAUCAGAUAGAUGCAGAUUUAAAAAUUUUAGGUAUUUUGAUAUUGAUCCUGUAACGUAUGAAAUAAUAGAAGGUUCAAAUUUUAUUUCAGAUCAGAAUCCUGUACCAAUGCUAGAAUCAAGGGAUAUCCCAUUAAGUCAAGAGGAUAAACAUUACAUAUUAGACUUAAUAGCUCCUACUUUUAGAACAAUUUUACAAAAUGAACUUUCUCAUAUAGACAAAGCUCUAU